AUGAUUCCGCGUUUAUUCGAAACUAAUACGAUACUGGGCAAAAAAGGUUUCCGUGAAUCGACUCGUGCCUAUCUAGACGAUAUACAGUUGGCUGUUUCCCGAAUGGGACGUCCGGAGGAGUUUGCCCAACUUGUGAUUAAUGUGAUUGGGAACCCCGUGUUAAAUGGCUCCACAGUUCGCCUGGAUGCUGCCGGAAGACUGAUUGCAUCGGAAAUUUUUUCACACCAGUACCACUUAUCCGUUCCAUUUNGUCCAUGCUAUUUCGAGACUUCUUUGCUCGCCGGUCUGUCUUCUUAUGAACCGUUACUCCGAAACGUUAUCAAUCCACACAGGUUGGGCAAACCAGUCGAAUUUGCCAUGUUGGUCGAAGCCAUAAUACAGAAUCCCAUGCUCAACGGUGAAGUAAUCCGCCUUGAUGCUGGGGCCCGUAUGCCGCCGUGA